AUGGAUCCUCUGAGCGGUGCGAAUGGGCAGUCUGCUCUUUUCAAUAUCAAUGGUGGAUUGUCAGGGCUGCUCGAUGUUUGGCACACAAACCGAACACCCAUCAUUUUACUCGCACUUUGCGGCCUUGUUGUGCUUCGUCUGUACAUUCACGCAUACGAAGAAAAGCCCUACCUAAAAAUCAUACCGAAAAUAUACCAAAAUACCGACUACAAAAAUGUCGCCUACAAGAAGUCGGACAAUGUAUCCCCGCCACAAGUACAAGAAAAGACUGCCGUCAAGACUGUCGGCCCUCGCAGGAUCAAAGGCGGCGUAACCAAAAAGCCCGAGACCACCGAGGAAUCAAUCGACCUGAACAAACCUGUCAAAGUACUCGUCUUCUUCUCGUCUAUUACCACCAAAACGGAGAAGAUCGGCCAGGACUACAUCGCGAAGCUUGAAAAAUCUGUCGCGCAGCUCGCCGCCGAAACCGCGCGCCCGAUUCUUGCGCCCGAGCUUCUCGACCUGACCGAAAUCGACUUUGACGACUAUUUCAUCGCGCCCCCAAAGAGCGAUGAUGGCGCACAGUUUCUUUACCUUUUCCUCAUCCCCAGCUACAAUAUCGACUCCAUCAACGAUACUUUCCUCGAACAUCUCCAAGAGACCCAUCACGAUUUUCGCAUUGACACGGCGCCGCUCUCGCCGCUAAUGGGAUACUCUGUAUUUGGUUUCGGUGAUCGCGAAGGCUGGCCUGAUGAGGCCGAAGGCUACUGCUUCCAGGCCAAGGAAGUGGACAAGUGGAUGGCGAAAUUGACUGCGCGCAAGCGAGCCUACCCCGUUGGCAUGGGAGACAUGAAGAGUGACCAUGCCGAGCGCUUCAGCGAAUGGUCAAGCGGUGUCGAAGAAGUAUUUGGCCAAAUCAUCCGUACCGGCUACCUCGGCCAAGGUGUGGCUGGCAGCGGAGCGCCUGUGGAAAGCGACGAUGAGCUAGAGGAAGACUAUGACGAUGGCGAGGUCGUUUUCGACGACGAGAAGCCCUCAAAGCGCGAAAACGGCAAAAGCUCUAGCAAUCUUGACGAUGUAGAAGAUCUGGGCCGCGUGAUCAAGUCGCAAGGCGGUGAUGCCAACCCAAAGGCACCCAUCGCUGUCGAUUUCACCACCUACAACAACAAGAGCAACCCCCAGAACAAGGUCAAGGAGAUGGUCGCCAAGAAUUCUCCGACCUAUGCUGCCCUCACAAAGCAAGGUUACGCCAUUGUAGGAUCGCAUUCCGGUGUCAAGAUCUGCCGAUGGACCAAGUCGGCUCUGCGUGGCAGAGGUAGUUGCUACAAGUACUCACUGUACGGAAUUAACUCCCACCAGUGCAUGGAAACGACGCCAUCGCUAUCGUGCUCCAACAAAUGCGUAUUCUGCUGGCGUCAUGGCACCAAUCCUGUCGGCACUACCUGGCGAUGGGUCGUUGACCCCCCGGAGUUAAUCUUUGACGGUGUAAAGGAGAAUCACUACAAGAAGAUUAAGAUGAUGCGCGGUGUACCAGGAGUUCGUGCGGAGCGUUUCGCGGAAGCACUCAAGAUCCGCCACUGUGCGCUCUCUCUGGUUGGCGAGCCCAUCUUUUACCCCUACAUCAAUGAGUUUCUCGGCAUGCUGCACAAAGAGCGCAUCUCUUCCUUCCUGGUGUGCAACGCACAGCACCCAGACCAGCUGGCUGAUCUCAAGGCCGUGACGCAGCUCUACGUCUCCAUUGACGCCUCCAACAAGGAAUCGCUGCGCAAGAUCGACCGACCCCUCCACCGUGACUUUUGGGAGCGCUUCAAUCGCUGCCUUGACAUUCUCCGCGAGAAGCGCUUCCGCCACCGCACCGUCUUCCGCCUGACUCUCGUCAAGGGCUUCAACGUCGAGGACGAGGCCGAGGGCUACGCGCGGCUCAUCGAGCAGGGCCUGCCGUGCUUCGUCGAGAUCAAGGGCGUGACGUACUGCGGUACGUCGACAUCGUCCAAUGCCGGCCUCACCAUGUCCAACGUGCCCUUUUACUGGGAGGUCUGCGAGUUUGUGCGCGCGCUGGACAGGCGCCUCCAGGAAAAGGGACUCGCGUACGGCAUCGCCGCCGAGCACGCCCACAGCUGCUGCGUCCUGCUGGCCAGCGAGCGCUUCCACGUCCACGGCAAGUGGCACACACAUAUUGACUAUGACCGCUUCUUUGAGCUGCUCGAGGAGCGCGGCCCUGACGGCGACUGGACGCCCGAGGAUUACAUGGGCCCGCCGACGCCCGAGUGGGCGCUCUGGGGCAAUGGAGGAUUCGACCCGCGUGAUGAGCGUGUGGAUCGCAAGGGAAGAAAAAAGGAAGCCAUAGUUGUUCGAGAGGCUCCAGAGUAG